AUGGCGUCGCCCCCCGAGGCCGAGGCCGCCCGCGGGAGCCUCCUCCGCCGCGUCGUCCGCUACCCGUUCCUCCCCGGGAUGGCCGCCGCGUUCGCGGACUACCUCGGCAUGGCGCUCAUCACGCCCGCGCUGCCGUACUUUCUCGAGGAGGAGCUCGGCAUGUCGACGCGCGAUUCGUCCCUCUGGACGGGCGCGAUAACCACCGCGCAGUACGCGGGCGGCGCGGUCGGGAACACGUUCGUGGGCGUCUUGGGCGACCGUCUCGGCUCGCGGUUCACGCUCGCGAGCACGCUCGGCGGGGACGUGGUCUUCUUCGCGGCGACCGCAUUCGCGCGGAGCGUCGCGCUGAUCCUCUCGGGCGCGUUCUUCGUUUACACUGUGCGUUUCCUCGCCGGCGUCGCGUCCCCGCUCGUGCCGUCGCUCAUGUACAUCCUCGAGCGCGCGACGGAAGAGGGCGCGUCGAAGCUCGCGGGGGUGAACGCAUACAGCGCGAGCGUUAAUUUCGCGUACGCGUUCGCGGGGAUGAUCGUCGGGCUGUUUUAUUCCGAGCUGGGGUGGACCGGUUUGAACCUCUUUUCGGCAGCCGUCGCGGCGCUCGCGUUGGUCGUCGUGUGGGAGCUCGCCGCCGAGAACAACGAUAACGGUCGCGGCGAUGGCGUUGGCGUUAUAUUGGGAGACGGAGAGGAGAAACAAGAGCGCGGCGGCGACGCGGAGGUGGUGAGCGCGGCGGCGGUGAGCGCGGCGGCGGCGGCGGCGGAGCCUCUCGGCGGCCCCCCGCCGAAUCCGAAUCCGAAUCAGAAUCCGAAUCAGAAUCGGAGUCCCGAAGGGCCCGGUCGAGACGACCCCGACGCCGGUGUCGCCUUGAUCGUGACGACGCUGACGCUGAGAGAGCUCUUAAACGACGGAGGCAUGGCGUCGCACAUGUACACCGCGUUCAACACCGGGUAUCUGUUCAUGGGGUUCUUAGUGCUCUACGUCCUCAUGGCGAAGGAGAUCUUGGGCUGGACCGUCGUCCAAGUCGGGUGGAGCUUCAUCGCGAUACCCGCGGCGAACGUCCUCACGAUGUACGCGCUCCUGCCCGCCAUCAUACGCAACGUCGGCGUGCACGGAUGCCUCACCUACGCGUCGUUCGCGACGUGCGCGGUGUUGACCCUCUUCGCGGUGCCCGCGGUGCACUCGACGGCGGUCGGGUUCAUGUUUUGCGUCUUCGCUCUCAUCGUGUGCAUCGUGUGCGCGCAGACGCCAAAUCAGAUGCGAAUAAAGACGAUAUCCGAUUCGCUAUCGCCGGCGCAGAUGGGGCAGAUCACCGGGAUAUCGAGGGUGUGCUUCGCGCUCGGGCAGAUGGUGAGCCCGAUCGCGUGCGCGGCGUUGUUCACGGCGAGUCCGUCGGCGGCGAUCGCGAGCAUGAUCGCGACGACCGCGGGGGUUCCCGCGAUGUUUCUCAGGCACUCGCAGGGGAUGUUUCGGGACCCGCCGCCGGCGGUGCGACGGAACCUCUCGAGGGUGAAGUUGGUGGGCGAAGACGGGGAAGGAGGCGGCGCGGGUGGCGGCGAGAAAGGGGCGUCCGCGAGGACGUGA